AACUGAGAUAAAAAAAAUUUAAGGGCAUUUUAGUCUUUAGCCACGGAAACAAUUGACAACCCCUACAUAAACCGCCUAUGUCUGUCUUCUUUCUUUUCCUUAAACCCUAGACAGGGCCGUUGCCAAGCCCGACGCCACACUACCUCAGAAGAAAGAAUAAACUAAAUAAGAUGGUUCAAUAUAAUUUUAAGAAGAUCACUGUAGUCCCAAGUGGGAAGGACUUCAUUGACAUUAUCCUCUCUCGAACACAAAGGCAAACACCAACAGUUGUCCACAAGGGAUAUGCCAUUUCUCGUCUGCGUCAGUUUUACAUGCGCAAAGUCAAGUACACUCAGCAAAAUUUUCAUGAGAAGUUAUCUACAAUUAUUGAGGAGUUUCCUCGGCUGGAUGACAUCCACCCUUUCUACGGUGACCUUCUUCAUGUCCUUUACAACAAGGACCAUUACAAGCUUGCCCUUGGUCAGGUAAACACUGCCAGGAAUCUCAUUAGCAAGAUAUCCAAGGAUUAUGUGAAAUUGCUGAAGUAUGGUGACUCACUAUAUCGGUGCAAAUCUCUGAAAGUUGCUGCACUCGGUCGCAUGUGUACUGUGAUUAAGAGGAUUGGCCCUAGUUUAGCUUAUCUGGAGCAAAUAAGACAACAUAUGGCAAGGCUACCUUCAAUUGAUCCCAAUACUCGAACUAUCUUGAUUUGUGGGUAUCCUAAUGUAGGCAAGAGCUCUUUCAUUAACAAGAUCACUAGGGCUGAUGUGGAUGUCCAGCCUUAUGCUUUCACCACUAAGUCACUCUUUGUGGGUCAUACAGACUAUAAGUACUUGAGGUACCAAGUCAUUGAUACACCAGGGAUUCUGGACCGACCUUUUGAAGAUCGUAAUAUCAUUGAGAUGUGUAGUAUCACAGCUCUGGCACAUCUACGAGCUGCUGUGCUGUUCUUCUUGGACAUCUCAGGGUCAUGUGGCUAUAGCAUUGCUCAACAAGCUGCUCUAUUCCAUAGUAUCAAGUCUCUCUUUAUGAAUAAACCUUUGAUCAUUGUCUGCAACAAGACUGAUUUGCAGCCACUCGAAGGGAUAUCGGAGGAAGACAUGAAAUUGAUCAUGGAGAUGAAAGCAGAAGCUGUGAAAACUGUGAUUGGUCAAGGUGGUGAACCUACAAACGAUGAGGGUGUGCUUUUGACAAUGAGCACUUUGACUGAGGAGGGGGUGAUUGCUGUGAAGAAUGCAGCUUGUGAGAGGUUACUGGAUCAGCGAGUGGAACUGAAGAUGAAAUCUAAAAAGAUAAAUGACUGCUUGAAUCGGUUCCAUGUUGCAAUACCAAAGCCACGUGACCAGAAAGAAAGGCCACCUUGUAUACCUCAGGCUGUUUUGGAAGCUAAAGCAAAGCAGGCAGCAGAGAAGGAGAAGAGAAAAACUGAAAAGGAUUUGGAAGAUGAAAAUGGUGGCGCAGGUGUAUACUCUGCAAGUUUGAGGAAGCAUUACAUCUUAGCGAAUGAGGAAUGGAAAGAAGAUGUAUUGCCAGAAAUUCUGGAUGGUCACAAUAUUUAUGAUUUUAUUGAUCCUGAUAUCUUACAGAAACUUGAGGAGUUAGAACGGGAAGAAGGUGCUCGGCUAGAGGACGAGGAAAAUGAGGAUUUUGAGAUGGAUGGUGAGGAAUUGACACCAAAAGAGCAAGCAGCUUUGGCUGAGAUCAGGAAAAAGAAAAGCUUACUCAUUCAAGAGCAUAGGAUGAAGAAGAGCACUGCAGAGAGUCGAUCUAUCGUACCUAGAAAAUUUGAUAAGGACAGGAAGUUCACAACAGAGAGAAUGGGCAGACAGCUUUCAGCUUUGGGGCUGGAUCCUUCUCUGGCAAUUAAUCGUGCCCGCAGCAGGUCACUCUCUAGGAGGGGCCGCAAAAGAGAGAGGUCACUUGACAGAGGAGAUAAUGAUGCUGGUGAUGCUAUGGAUAUGGAUGUUGACCAACAAAAUAAGAAGCUGCGAAUGAGAUCCAGAUCUCGGUCAAGAUCGAAGUCACGGCCUCCAAGUGAGGUUGCCCCUGGAGAGGGCUUCAAGGAUUCUGCUCAGAAGGUGAAAGCCCUCAAGCUUGCUAAGAAAUCUGUUAAAAAGAGGAAUAAGGAUGCUCGUCGUGGAGAGGCAGAUAGAGUUAUUCCUACUCUCAAACCUAAGCACUUGUUUUCCGGGAAACGUUCCAUUGGAAAAACCCAAAGACGCUGAUCAUUCAAGGGGAAGGCCUGAUUAUAUUUUGCGGAGUUGUAUUGAACCAUGGAUUGUAUUUGCUGCUUAGAUGCCAUACCAUUUAUUCACUUUGCUGCCGUGUUUGUGGCAGUGAAUUAUUUGUUUAUUUUCUUUGUCUGCUAAGGCAAUUUUGAAUGAGAGAUUUUAAAUUUUAUAUAUUUUGCCGUUAAGUUA